AUGAUUAUUGACAUAGUUUGGUUUCAGAAUUUUCAUUCCUUUUUUAAUGGAACGGCAGUUUUGAUUAUAAAGGAUGAAACUGAGGGAAACUCUGGUGUCCAUCAGAAGGUGUUUCUACAUAGAGAACUUCAUACAGGCAUAAAUAUGAAUUUGCUUAUUGUCACGCAUAGCUUGCUUGGUGCAGCAACACGCACAAAAAUGAACCGUGUGGGAUUGACGUAUUUGAAAUUGCUGUUCGGCAAAGAAAACCCUACCUGGAGGUUUUCUAUUGAUCGCCAAAUAUUGAUCAUUAUUUUGACAUACGCUUCCGAAGCUACUUGA